UUCGCCAAAGCCGCCCGGCUUUCGGGGUACGGAAUUAUUAAAACCCCUUCCCUUUAAACACAAACACACGCACACCUUCCAAACUCCGGCCGACGUUCGAGCUCAAGCUGCCAUAGCAUCCGUUUUCUCCCAUUUCUUCUCCAAUUUCAAGCUCAAAUCAGGUUGAAAUGGCUUCAAAGGGCAAAUCUGUAAGAAAUGAGGCUGGCCCGAGCAACCCCAAGUGGGCUAGGAACAACAAGGCACCCGCGGCCUCCUCCACUAUCUUGCCGGCUAGUCGGUUUGUGAACACUCAAUGCUACGAGCGUUAUCUCGAGUCCCGGGACAACGACUUUGUGAUUGAAAAGACAAUCUCAGCCCCUAUUGAUCACGAAUUCCAGCUCACCGCCGCCUUCGCCAAGAUCAAUUGGGAACCGGUGCUACAUCUCCAAGGCACCUUCUAUCCGGAACUCGUAAAGGAGUUCUUCGCUAAUGUUGAAGGAAAUUAUGCCCAAAAGAUGAUUGAGAGCCGAGUCAAAGGGGUCAACAUUACUAUCACCAAUGACCUCUUGAGCUCUCAAUUUCACAUCACCAAGUUCGGCACCCCUUUCGCUCCUUCCCAAGCCAGAACAAUGAAUAGUGAUGGGAACUACAAUCCCAUGGAAGCUAUGCAAUAUUUUGGGUUGCAAGGACUGGAUCUAAUGACGAAGAACCUCGGCCAACCACACAUCCGGACCCGG